GAGAACCGACCGGUGGGAACUCACGGAGAGCUCACGUGGCAGUCAUGGCAGCUGUGCAGGAGAUGUAUCGGAACAUUCCGCCGGUGACAAGAACCUGGGCGACAUUGGCGGCAGUGACGACGGGGGCGGCGCAGCUGGGUAUGAUCUCGCCGUUUACGCUGUACUUUAACUGGAAUCUAAUCAUGCGCGGCGAGGUGUGGCGGCUCAUCACGCCGUUUGUGUACUUUGCGUCGGCAGGCCCGCUGGACAUGCUCCUGCAUCUCUACUUUCUCAUCCGCUACUGCCGGACACUAGAGGAGUUUCACUACGCCGGCCGAGUUGCGGACAUGCUGUACAUGAUUCUGUUUGGAGCAGUGUGCAUGAUCGCCGCCGCCCCGUUUCUUGGCCUCCUCUUCCUCGGCGACUCGCUCUCGUUCAUGACCGUCUACGUAUGGGCACGUCGCAAUGAGCACGUGCACAUGAAUCUGUUCGGCCUCAUGCCGUUCACCGCGCCAUACCUGCCGUGGAUUCUGCUUGCCUUUUCCUUUGUCAUGGGCCACUCACCCAUCCCGGACCUGGUCGGCAUUGUCGUCGGUCAUCUCUACUACUACUUUGUCGACAUCUACCCAGCCACCUCAGGCCGCCACCUCUUGGCCACCCCGCACUUUCUCCGCGUCCUCUGUGGCGACAUUCGCGCACAGCCGCCGGCACCGGCUCCUGUUGCCGGUAACAAUCCUGAUGCCCCGCCCGCCCGGCCUGGCGGUUUUGCCUUUGGCGCCGACGAGUGAUAGCCGCUCGCACCGUGCAGAUGAACGUGCACUGUGCCGUGUGCGCCACUUGCAGUAAGAUGACUUGCGGCUGUGCUGCCUUCCGCCGCACAUUCCGUCACCGACCUGACCGCCGCUGGCCUUGCAUCGUUCCGUGCCUCACAUCCACAUGCCUACACGCGCCUAGAUUACGUGCCGUCUCAUCCCAUCAUGGGGAAAAUACCACGAUCACGAUGAUUGACAUAAAAGCAACCCAAUCCCCC